UAAGAAAAAAGAUUCCUCGAAGAUGCCAAAACGUAGGAAGAAGGUAAUUGAACACAUUUUUAGUUAUACAAUUGUUUGAAAAUGUUGAAAUCAAGUAUUAGUUGGGGUUUGUAGAUUGAUUAGUGUUUUUUGUCUAUUUUACAUGUACAACAACCAUUGAGUUAUGUGGAUUUGUUGAAUGCCCUUGAUUUUCCCAUGGGUGAAGAGAGGGCGGAGGAAAUAUCCAUACCUAUUUCAUCAAUGGCGAACCCUCCUCCUUGCACUAGAGAAGCAUCUCAGGAUCCGGUAAUAGCAACAGUUUCUACUUCAAUGGUGAGCCAUCCUCAGUCCAUUGGAGAAGCAUCUCAGGCACAUACCCCUUCGCGGUACGACCAUAACAUGGAUCCAUUUAAGUAUGUCUUCAAGAAAAAUCCUAAGAGUGACAAGGAGAGGAGAGCGAAGACAUUAGCUCCUAAAUCAACCGAUGAGCCAUCUAUAGAGCCACGUACUGCAUCGAAGAGGCUUAAUUUUGAUGAUCCACCACAAGUUUAGGAUCAUAUAGUGUUAGUUUUGGUCAUAGAAUGACCAAUACAUGUAGAUAUAUUCUACAUUUUUAUUGUAUAUCGA